AUCAAAGCUAUGGUAGUUGAUAGUGAUACUCUCUCUCACUAAGCUUUCUCGUCCUUCUCCAGUCUCUCUCUCUCUCUCUCACGCAAACUAUGGCUUCAAUUUCAAGCCCCGCCCAUCCAUACCCGUCGGGGCCGAAUUGGAAUCGUCGGCGACUCUCAACAAAACUAUCAUCUCAAUGCCCACAAUCCACGCCCGUGAGAGCAGUAGACAUGGAGAAUGCGAAAGAGAAGGAAGCGAAGGAGAGGAAAGAGGAAGUGAACAAGAAGACGGCUUCGAGAAAAGCCAUAUCGGUGAUUCUGCGGAGGGAGGCCACAAAGGCCCUUAUUGAGACGAAGAGAGGACCAAGCAAUUCCAAGAAGCUGCUUCCCAGGACUGUUCUAGAAGCUCUUUAUGAGAGGAUUUCUGCUCUUCGCUGGGAAUCGGCUCUCAAGGUUUUUGAACUCCUACGCGAGCAGCUCUGGUAUAGGCCAAACUCUAGUGUGUACAUCAAACUAAUUGUCAUGCUGGGAAAGUGCAAACAACCCGAAAAGGCUUUCGAGCUCUUUCAAACUAUGGUUGAGGAAGGCUGUCCUGUAAACCAUGAAUCCUAUACUGCCCUUUUAUCCGCAUAUGGUAGGAGCACCCGCUUUAACCAAGCAUUUUCCCUCCUCGAGUAUAUGAAGAACACCCCAGAUUUACAACCUGAUGUCCACACUUACACGGUCCUCAUCAAGUCGUGCCUGCAUUUUUCUGAUUUCGACAAAGUUGAAGCAUUGCUCUCGGACAUGGAAGCUCAGGGGAUCAGACCCAGCACGGUCACGUACAAUGUCCUGAUUGAUGCAUAUGGGAAAGCUAGAAAGUUUGCGGAGAUGGAAGCAGUGUUAGUAGAAAUGCUUCAACAAGAAGAAUGUGAGCCGGACGUUUGGACCAUGAACUCGACGUUGAGAGCCUUUGGUGGCAGUGGGCAGAUAGAAACAAUGGAGAAGUGUUACGACAAGUUUCAAAGAGCUGGGAUCGAACCCAACAUCAAGACCUUCAACAUCCUCCUGGAUUCCUAUGGAAAAGCCGGCGAAUAUGAGAAAAUGGGCGCCGUAAUGGAGUACAUGCAGAAAUACCAUUACUCGUGGACUAUUGUCACAUACAAUGUGGUAAUAGAUGCAUUUGGGAGAGCCGGGGAUUUGAAGCAGAUGGAGUACUUAUUCAGGCUAAUGCGGUCAGAGAGGAUCAAGCCGAGUUGUGUCACGCUUUGUUCCCUUGUGAGGGCUUAUGCGCAAGCGGGAAAACCUGAAAAGAUUGGUGGCGUUUUGCGUUUCAUCGAGAAUUCGGAUGUCACAUUGGACACCAUCUUUUUCAACUGUCUGGUGGAUGCUUAUGGGAGGCUGGGAUGCCUUGCGGAGAUGAAGGAGGUGUUGGAGAUGAUGAAGCAAAAUGGAUGUAAGCCUGAUAAGGUUACAUACAGAACCAUGAUCAAAGCUUAUUCUUCCAAUGGGAUGGCUGGCCAGGCAAAGGAGCUUCGUAAUUUUAUCGAGUCGGAAGAAGGAAGGCAACUAACUGUGUUGAAAAAGGCAAAGCCCGACUUUUGAUUCGACAAUUUUAAAGGCUUUGUACAUUAUUAAGAUCUCCGUACAUUGUACAUUGUCAUUCUUGU